UUACGAUGUUUCAACUGAAUCCCUAGCCACGUCUCCUAGGGUUCUAGUUUUUCCCCAAAUUCAAAUACAGUACACAAUUAUCCAUCGUCUGUGAUUCCCAUAGUUAUCGAUUUUUCCUUGUUUGAAUUGCGGUUUUAGCUUUUCGGGCUGAUACAGAUCGCCUCCCUGUGUAUGGGACGAUUUUCGCGAUGAGCGCCACCAGCAACGGCGGUUCCGGUUCGCCGUCAAGCCGGGCGAAUGACGUCGUAAGAGGAGACGACCCCACUCCCCCUUCAACCAGCGGCAGCGAUUCUGCCGAACGUCCGGGAUCCAAUACAGCGGAUAAUAUCGCAGAAGCAGCUGUAGUUUCCCCUGCCGAUGAAGAUAAACCAGUUGAACCGAGGUUUUCCGAUGGUUUCAACGAGUAUACGGCUUUGAAGCCAGAAGAUGCGGAUAUUGGAACCAGCGAUGCAAGCGGAGGAGGAGAUGCGCGGAAUCAAUCUAGUUCUGUUUCAAUAUUGCAAAAUAAAGAAUUAAAGAAGCCCAAGAAGAAGAAAGCAAAAAGCUCUGUGGAUGAUUACGAUUCGAUGCUAUCGGAAUUUGAUCAAUUUGCAUCGGAAGGAACAAAUGAAGCUGUUGGAUAUGGGUAUGAAAUUGGAGAUAUGGUGUGGGGAAAGGUGAAAUCACACCCGUGGUGGCCAGGGCACAUUUACAACGAAGCUUUUGCCUCUCCAUCUGUUCAAAGAAGCAAGCGGGAUGGCCAUGUCUUGGUAGCAUUUUACGGGGAUAGUAGCUAUGGCUGGUAUGAUCCGGCAGAAUUAAUUCCCUUUGAAGAACACUUUCAGGAAAACUCGCAGCAGACUUCUUCACGGUCUUUUGUGAAGGCAGUGGCAGAAGCUGUAGACGAGCUCUCCAGAAGACAGGCAUUGGGUUUGGCAUGCCGGUGUGGAAAUGAGUUCAAUUUCUGGCCGUCCAAUGUGGAGGACUACUUUGUUGUUGAUGUGGGGGACUUUGAGCCAGUUGUUUAUUCUUCGAGUCAGAUAAAUAAGGCAAGGAGCAGCUUUCGUUCAAAUGAGGUGAUUUCGAUGGUAAAACAAUUGGCAUUGGCACCUUUAGGGGCCCAGAAUCAGAACAUUGAGUGUAUUAAGAACAAGGCCACGGCCUUGGCAUGCAGGAAGGCAUUGUUUGAGGAUUUUGAUGAGACAUAUGCACAAGCCUUUGGAACAACACCAGUGCGACCUCCCCGGCCAACUGCACCAAUGGCUGUGAAUCCUUCUAGAGCUCCUUUGAGUGGCCGACUGGUGAGUUCCGGUAAAAAGAAAUACUCGAUAGAGCCCACCAAAAGAAAGGAUCAAGUGGAAAAGGACAAAUAUAUAUUUAAGCGGAGAGAUGAAGCAAUCCACGUUAGGACCAAGAAAACAAGUUCGGGCCAAGUAGGCCCUGCUUUCCCACUUUUGUUGGAUGGAUCAGGUUUAUCUGAAACAAGUAUAAACUCUGCUUCUGUAUCUGACAUCAAUGAGGGCCAGCAUCAAUCCACACACCAGGCAUCCGUGGUGAGUGAUAUAAAACCAUUGGAAGGUUCUGAGAAGCUUCUGGAAGGUAAGUCAAAAAAGCCAAAGUUACUGAAGCAGCAUGCGGGGGAAUUGAGUGCUGAAAAUGCAACCCUGGUUACAAAGAAAAAAAAGAGAAAGAAAGAAAUAAUGAAUGAGCAAGAAUUGAGUCAAGAUAAUGUAACUCUGAAUAAGAAGAAAACAAAGAAGGAAAUAAGAAGUCAAGCCACUUUGGAUGCUGCAUUACCCCCUACCAACAUUGCCAGGGGAGAAGCAGUGGAAAAAGAGUCAGGAAUGCCACUUGAUAGCCAGAUGGACAAUCAGAAGAAUGAUGGUUUACUGGCCCUUGCCUCACCUUCGGAAGCAAAGAUAGCCACUGACCUCGGGGAGCAAGAGCUUCGAACGCUACUGCAAGACCUAUGUGCUCUUGCCAUCAAUCCCUUUCAUGGAGUAGAGAGGAGCUGCCAAGAAACUGCCUUCCCGUUGUUCUUGAAGUAUCGCUCUGUUGUCUAUCAGAAGAGUUUGGUUUUAAUGCCACAAGAUGAGAUAGAGAGGGGUGAUGCUAACUCCGGUAAAGCACCUUCUACUUCUUUGCAUGUUCCUCCUGAGAAAACUCGUGAUAAGCCGAGCAUGAAGCUCAAUAGAACUCUCAUCAGGCCUGAUGAUCCAACCAAAGGUGGUAGGAAACAUGGUCCACCCAUUCGUCCUGAUGCUAUUAAGAAAAAGAGGAAGCUUGAUGGCCCAGAAGAUGAUAACACUAACACGAGGAGGAAACUUAUUGAUUCAGAUGGCAUUGCAGACAUUAAGAAGAAGAAGAGGAAGAAAAUAGACGACUCAAAACUGUUCUCCACGGAUAAGAAGAUUCUUCAGAGGUCCAAUGAACCCCAGCGAGGGGGAGAUGUGAAGGAAAUGCAUGCUAAAAGUGCUUUUCCAGCAUCUUCAAAGGCACCCAAAGUAGAAUCCGGCCGAAGGAUGCAGAAGACAGUAAGAUUGGCUGAUCCGACUAUGCUUGUCAUGAAGUUUCCUGCUGGUGCAGCGCUUCCAUCCAGUGCUCAUCUGAGAGCAAAGUUUGCUCGUUUUGGUCCUCUCGACCAUUCAGCCACGCGAGUGUUCUGGGAGACAUACACAUGUCGCCUGGUCUAUCAGCAUAAGGUGGAUGCAGAAGCUGCUUUGGAACAUGUUCUUGGAAGCAACAAUCUGUUUGGGAGCAGGAAUGUGAGGGCCUACAUCAGGGAAAUGAGAGACAAAACAGUGGAAGCGGAACCAGUCAAGUUUCAGAAGGAAGUAAUCUCAAAGCCAAGGGAAAGAGAGGCCCCCGCGGCUGCUGAACAGAGGACAGCAGCUAGAAUUCCUACGCAAUCCCAGCAGCAGCAGCUCAAGUCGUGCCUGAAGAAGCCGUGUAAUGAAGAUGUUGGUAAUGGCAAUGGUAGAGGUACUCAUGUAAAGUUUAUUUUGGGAGGGGAGGGAGGUAGCAAGACUGAACAAGUUUCGUCUAGUUAUCCUGAGGGUGCACCAUCAUCAUCAUAUACAAGACAUUCUAAAGAUGUUAGUAGUAAGAAUUUGGUUAAAUUUGGUUCAGAUUCUAUCGUUAUGCCUUUGCCUAUGCCUAGUGAUGAGUUGCAGAAACCUCCAGUUAAUAUGGAUGGCUUUGAGCUAUUACCUACAAAUGACAUUUCGCAACAGCUUCUGAAUCUACUAAAUAGAUGCAGAGAUGUGGUAAAUAACCUGACGGCGGAGUUAGGCUACGUGCCGUACCAUUCAAUUUAAGAAAUCCAAUGUGGUGAAAAGAAAGCUGGGAUGAUCAAGUGAAGCUACCAAUUUUGUCAAGCUUAUGUAUUUUAGUUACCAAUCACACAUUAGUUUAUCAAUAUGUUGCUUUGUAGAAGAGAUCUAUUUACAUAUACAGUAUUUGCUAUAUUGUCUUGUUUUUUACAUUGGACGACAAUGUUUGUAUGUCCGCAAGAUGGCCUUUUAACUUUUUGGGUUGAUUUUAUUA